AUGAGUGGCAGCACGAGCCAGCGUGCCGCCGCCCUGGGGGUCCUCUUUGCCCUGAUCAUGUUGCUGAUCAUCUACAGCUCUGGCAGCGGCAGCGAGGUCUUCCCCUACAGCCGCCUGCGGGGCAGGGCUCGCCGGCCCCCUGACCUCAAGAAGUGGGGAGUGAAAAGCGGGUACCUGCCUGUCUGUGGGAACAAGACCCUGACUGCUCACUGCCACCAGUGUGCCAUCAUAACCAGUUCCAGUCACCUUCUGGGCACCCACCUGGGCACAGCCAUUGACGGAGCUGAGUGCAUCAUCCGCAUGAACGAUGCUCCCACCACCGGCUACGAGGUUGAUGUGGGCAACAAGACCAGCUUCCGUGUGGUGGCCCACUCCAGCCUCUACCGUGUCCUCAAGAGGCCCCAGGAAUUCGUCAACAAGACCCCAGAGACCAUCUUCAUCUUCUGGGGGCCACCUGCCAAGAUGCAGAAGAGCCUUCUGAAGAUCAUCCAGCGUGUCAGCGCCUCCUUCCCCAACAUGACAGCCUACGUCGUCUCCCCUGGCCGCAUGAAGCAGUUUGAUGACCUGUUUCGUGGGGAGACAGGGAAGGACAGAGAGAAGUCACACUCGUGGCUCAGCACCGGCUGGUUCACCAUGGGGAUUGCGGUGGAGCUCUGUGACGCUGUCCACGUCUAUGGCAUGGUGCCACCUAAUUACUGUGGCCGCCGGCCCCCACCCCGCCACCUGCCCUACCACUACUACGAGCCAAAGGGCCCCGAUGAGUGCACGACCUACAUCCACAACGAGCGGAGCCGCAAGGGCAACCACCACCGCUUCAUCACCGAGAAGCGUGUCUUUGCCAGCUGGGCCAGCCUCUACAACAUCACCUUCUCACACCCUGCCUGGUCCUAGGGGGUGCCCCCCUGCAGUUUGGGCAGAUCCCUGGA